CACUGCGUCCCCCCCAGCGCUGACCCCGCUCCCGCAGCGCGGCCAUGGGCGAGUGGGGCUUCCUGAGCUCGCUGCUGGACGCCGUGCAGGAGCACUCGCCCAUGGUGGGCCGCUUCUGGCUGGUGGUGAUGCUCCUGUUCCGCAUCCUGGUCCUGGCCACCGUGGGCAGCGACGUCUUCGAGGACGAGCAGGAGGAGUUCGUGUGUAACACGCAGCAGCCGGGCUGCAAACCCGUGUGCUACGACGCCGCCUUCCCCAUCUCCCACUAUCGCUUCCUCGUCUUCCACGUCGUCGUGCUCUCGGCGCCCGCCGCUCUCUUCGUCAUCUUCGCCGUGCACCAGGCGGCUAAGCCGGGGCGCGGGGGGGCUCCCGGCCAGCGCGCCCGCCGCCUCCAGCCCUUCUACGUGGGCAGCGUGGUGGCUCGGAUCGCCGCCGAGCUGGGCUUCCUGCUGGGCCAGGCGCUGCUCUACGGCUUCAGGGUGCAGCCGCUCUUCGUGUGCCGCCGCCGGCCCUGCCCGCACCGCGUCGACUGCUUCGUCUCCCGCCCCACCGAGAAAACCGUCUUCAUCCACUUCUACUUCGUGGUGGGGCUGGUCUCGGCGCUGCUCAGCCUGGCCGAGCUCGCCCACCUCCUGCGCAAGGGGCCCCCGGCCCGGCCCGGCUGCUGCCACCGCCCGCAGGAGCGGGGCCCGGCUCCCGGGGGGGCUGCGGAGGGACCCCACCCGCGGGGGGACCUCACCGUGUGA